AUGAUUUCGCGAGCAGUGUUUGCUCGUGGUGUGUGCCUGCGAUGCCAAUUACGAAUCCUCGACCGACCGAGAGCUCAUAGCUCACUUCGAAUCGCCCCUUUUCGAACCGAAUUCCUCCAGCGAAGGACGUAUAGUUCCGAGUCGGCAUGGGAGCGCCUUACCAGAACCUCAGAAGGAAAGGAUGAAUAUCCGUCAACCAGACAAGUGCCUGAGAGGGAUACCUCGCCUAGCAAUGAACAGCCUUCUCAGACGUCUUCCACGACAGUAAAACAAGAUGGCGCAUCGAUCGAAACCGAACCAACAGCUCCUACCUUGUCCGGUGGUCCAAUAAAGCGAAGCGGUCCUCUCUUGAAGAGAUACUACAUUGGCGAAGACCCUCUCGACCGCCUCUCGAGACGUCGCGUAGGCAAUCGUAGCGUAUACGUCCAUUCCGAGGCACUGGGCAUCAGCAUACUGGGAGAAAAAGGACAAGCGAUCGUAAUGCGCGACAUGAGAGGCAGCAACCAGAACGUUAAGCAAUUGCCCAUUCACGAGAUUAUCCCCGAUGCAUUCGACAUCAGCCAAAGCCUUGAGGCUGAAGAGAAGGAUCUGACGAUGGAGGAGGCACUAUCAAACCUUGACGAGAUCCGACCCUGGGACCCCAUUGUCGCGUACGAUGACUUUUAUACGCUGCUAGAUGUCCUCAUCAAUGGCUUCACAGUUGCCCAGCUUAGGGCAUAUCUGAGCCGCGCGAACGCAAGGGCUGCGAUUGCGGCGAAGGAGAAGAAGAAGCAGCAGCAGCUCUACGAUUCUGUAGAAGUGUUGACACCCUGGACCCCCUCGGCAAGUGUCGAGAUCGAUGGCUCGGCUAAGGAGAGGCUCGGAUUGACUCUCAUGCUGGAGGCCUGGCGCUUGACCAUGAGGGAGAUUGUCGAAGGCCAGGGUUACCUGAGCGGGCGUAUUGAUGAGCGUUUCUUUGCCCUGCUUACGAACGAAGAACAGCGACUGGACGCCAUCAGGGAGUCCUAUCUUGAUCCGGGCGAAAGUAUUGAUAUCUCGGAUUCGAUAAUAAAGAUCAACGCCACCAAGGCCAAGACACAGGCGAUCCUUCAGAGACUGGACGAAGCUUCCAAGGCUAUCGUCGUGAAGACUUUCAAAGCCGAUUGGCUUGCUGACAGCAACGUCGACGGCAAGUUACUCUGGAACUUGGGCCAGCUCACCAAUACUUUCAUCGACCGUAAAAACCGUCAAGAGCAGAUUGAGGUGUCGUGGAUCAAAAAUGGAAAUACCGAAGUUGCCAUCGGUGAACAGGUAGACCAAGACGACACGGGUGAACAGCUGGGUCACAUCGUUCAGCGUCUGCUACACUCUGCCCUCUUCCCGAGAGAGCAGUCCAUCAUCCUGAAGCAUGAGCCAAACGUGAAGAGGGCAAGACUUGUUGCCGAGCCUCGCGGUAACGAGAAGCUUUCGUGGAAGGAGAGGCUCACACAGUGGUCUCGCUGGGUGAAGCAAGGCAGUCGAGAAACCUCUCUCGACAGGACCUUCACCAUUACGGAGGGCGAAAUUCUGCCUCUACCUCUGACCACCAAGGUCCAGGCCGCGGAUUCAGAUGCUCCGUGGAGCAAGCCGUACGUCUCGACAACCGCCUCCUUUGGCCAAAUUCUCCACAAGUACGAUGAAGGAAGCUUCGCAAUCGCCAAGGCAGCUAAAACCAAAAACCACAUCUUCUCACCCGCCUCCCCGCCGCCCGCAGGUCUCGCACCCAUCGUGGAGUCAGUCACUUCUGCAAACCCUGAAAGCGCCAUCAUAACUACUCUCGUCCUCGGCUUCCGACCUCACCCUUCCGUGGCCAAGGAAACAACCCGCAGCCUCCCCGAUUUUCUUGAACUCCAUCUGACCGUCCCGGAUGACCUACCCGAUGGCCCCUUGGCGUGGGACGCCACUCCCAAGCGCCUCGUCGCCAUCCUCAGCCAGACCUUCACCGACGUCGCGUACCCCUCGGAACCCGUCGACCUGCGCCUCUCUCAGCCGUUGGUAUCCACCAUGUCUCCAGAUGCCCUCGACUCAUCUGCGUUCCGCGAGUACAUUGAGACCGCAAAGCUCAUCCUCCUCGAAGGACGCCUGCGCCCGCCUCCCGAGGUGGAGCUGUCGGGUCUGCCUUCCGCCGAGGACGACGGCAGCGUCUCCGGGCCCGUGAAGUACAUGUUUGCCGGUCUCGAGAUGCGUCGGACUCUCGAGGUGAGUUACGAGGGUCACAAGAUCCAGUACGCGAGCAUCGAGGCCGGUCUGCACGGCGGUCGCCGCUCUCAGAUGAACCUUGAGGCUGUGCCGGCUCGGGCCGACGCGAAGCUGUCAAAAUACGAACAGAAGGCGUAUGUGAGGAAGUACCUUGACAUCGCGGAGGACUUUGUGAGAGGAGGUGUUGUGCAGUGGAUUGGGGAGAGGGAUAUUACUAGAGAGUUUGAGCAAGUUGAAGAGACGACGGCGGCGGCGGUUAAGGAGAUUGAGGUUGAGGAAGCUGGGGAGGAGCAAGCUUUUGGUGAAAGUGAGCUUGAUCUUGCUGAGGAGCAGCUGGACGCCGCAGAAGAGGAGAAAGCAGAGACAUCAAUGGACGGCGAGGCUGAGACCUCUGUGGGCGACGAGGCUGAGACGCCAAAGAAGGAUGACUUGUAA